AGGACAGAAGAGCAGUCUGAUAUGUGUGUAUAUGAGUGAAAUGAUUAUGGCUGAAGUGACUGGAGCUCAGCUGAUCGCUGAGGCGCUCAAAUCUCAGAAUGUGGAGCACAUGUUUGGCAUUGUUGGCGUGCCUAUCAUCGAGGUGGCCAUGGCCGCCCAAGCAGCUGGCAUCAAGUAUGUUGGUAUGCGCAAUGAACAAGCAGCCUGCUAUGCUGCAUCUGCUAUUGGGUAUUUGACAGGAUGGCCAGCUGUGUGCCUGGUUGUGUCUGGACCUGGGCUGAUUCAUGCGCUUGGAGGAAUGGCCAAUGCUAACAUGAACUGCUGGCCUGUCAUUGUCAUUGGUGGCUCAUCUGAUAGGAACCAAGAAACCACAGGAGCAUUUCAGGAGUUUCCUCAGGUUGAAGCUUGUCGUCUGUAUAGCAAGUUUUCUGCUCGACCAAGCAGCCUUGAGAUGAUACCAGCCGUAGUUGAAAAAGCUGUAAGGAGCAGCAUUUAUGGCCGUCCAGGAGCGUCCUACAUAGACAUAGCUGGAGACAUGGUGAAUGCCAAAAUAGACCGGGCCAGUGUCAGGUUUGUUUCCUGCUGUCCUGCUCCUCCUGUGAGUCAGGCUGACAGCAGGGAGAUCACACAGGCUGUCAGGCUGCUCAAAGCGGCUCGGAGGCCUCUGAUCAUCGUCGGCAAAGGUGCGGCGUAUGCCAGGGCAGAGACGGAGGUCAGGGAGCUGGUGGAGGUGACUGGGAUCCCUUUCCUUCCCACACCUAUGGGGAAAGGAGUACUGCCGGAUGACCACCCUAACUGUGUUGCUGCAGCCAGGUCCAGAGCUUUAUUGCAGGCUGAUGUUAUAGUGUUGCUGGGUGCCAGACUCAACUGGAUCCUGCACUUUGGUUUUCCACCCAGAUUCAGUCCCCAUGUGAAGAUCAUUCAGGUGGAUCUGUGUGCUGAAGAGUUGAGUAAUAAUGUGAGAGCUGCAUCUGCUCUUCUCGGAGACAUACGAGCUGUGGUCAGACAGCUGUUGGAAACUAUAAGAUCCGAUUCCUGGAGAUUUCCUUCUGAUUCAGAAUGGUGGUUGACACUGAAGGAGAAAAUGACUGCCAAUGCUCAGAUAUCAAAGAGUCUUGCUCUCCAGUCCACUCUGCCCAUGAACUAUUACACAGCGUUCCACCACAUUUCUGAGCUCCUGCCCAAAGACUGCAUCAUAGUGAGUGAGGGAGCGAAUACUAUGGACAUUGGCCGCACCAUGCUGCUCAAUUACCUCCCACGACACAGAUUAGAUGCUGGUACUUUUGGCACUAUGGGGGUGGGUCCAGGAUUUGCCAUCGCAGCAGCAGUUUUGGAGCAGACGCAGAAGAGCACUCAGAGAGUGGUGUGUAUAGAGGGAGACAGCGCCUUCGGUUUCUCUGGCAUGGAGGUGGAGACCAUAUGCAGGUAUAAACUGCCAAUCAUCAUCAUAGUAAUCAACAACAAUGGCAUCUACAGUGGAGUGGAUCCAGAGACAUGGAAAGAAAUGGAAAAGAUGGGAGACAUGACCACCAUUGCUCCUCCGGUGACGCUGCUACCAGAGGCACGGUACGAGCAGGUGAUGAGUGCGUUCGGGGGUCGUGGGUAUCUGGUCCAAACGGUGGAGGAACUCCGCAGUGCACUACAGGAGAGUCUGAAAAACACACAGGCACCCAGCCUCCUCAACGUACUUAUAGACCCGGCCUCAGACCGCAAACAACAGGAGUUUCCCUGGCUGACACGUUCAAAUCUGUAGAGCUGAGAGAGAUAUCGGAUGAGAUCGGAUCAUGUCUUGAUGACCUAACGCUGUUUCUUAUACUACAUUUGGUCAAUUUACUGUAGGUGGCACAAUUUCCUGUUAAAAGGAAAACUGUAUAAUUUAACAUUAUCUCAGUCUCUGCUGACUGAAAUUAAUUUUCAUAGAUUCCAGUUCUUUCUAUAAAUACUUAAAUGCAUAGUUCAUCCCAAAAUAAAAAUUCUGCCAUGAUUUACCUCGUUGUUCUAAACCUUUAUGACUUCACAUAUCCUGUGGAACACUAAAGUAGAAUUUUUCUGAAGAAUUUUAAUGCGCCUCUUUCCAUACAACAACAGUUCAUAGGGUGCCGCAAGAAUGAGUCCUAAAACCUGGAAACAACUUUUACGUUUACACUUCCAGUUCCAUCGUCCUGAAGUCAGUAGGUUAUUGGUUAAAUGCCUGAAAUUAGGUCUGUACUCGAGAUACAGUAUUGUCCCAUUUCAUAUUAUCUGCAAUAAUCCAAAAGCCAGUGGAAAGAUCUUACUGACUUUUUGUCGAGGUAACCAUGGUGAUGCUAACUUUCAGGUUGGCUUACAAAAAAUCAUCCCUGCAGCACUUUGUAGUGACCAUGUCUGUUAAACUCCAAACAAGCACUAAAAAGCACCAUAGAAUUAAUGAAUGUGAUUUGUGCACUAUAUUUGUACUAUGAGCUUCUAAAGUUAUUGUUCACUGUUAAUAUUCACAUCUACCAUGCAUUCUUUUGUUAAUCUUCGUAGCUUCUUCGCUGUAGUCACUAUGAACUGUCAUUCUGUGGAUUAGAGCAGCGUGAAGUUUCUUCAAAAUAUGCAUUUAUUUUGGUUGUUUGUUCUUUUUUCUUGUAUUUUUCC